ACCACAACAUACCCAUCAGUAAGCUCAACAUUAUUAAAAAUCCAUAGAGUAUACAAACAUCUGUAGCCUCUUUGGGAAUGUUUUAUAAACAAAUAUGAUCAUCUCUAUUAUAGUAUUUACUCUUUUUUAAUGGAGAUGGAUCAAGAACCACAUCUACAAAGUUCAGAUAACAUAAAAGUGCCCAACUCAGACAUAAAUAUAAUUGUCACUCAACAACUUCAAGAUCCAAGAUCAAAAGAUUAUAGAUGGUGGUUUCGUGUAAUCCUCUACAUAAUUUUCCUUUUGGUAGGCCAAUCUUCUUCCCUUCUUUUGGAAAGGUUAUAUUAUGACAAAGGUGGUAAGAGCAAAUGGAUGAUAUCAUUUGUUCAAUCAGCUGGAUUUCCCUUACUACUCCCACUCAUAUUUUACUUCAAACCACAUGAUCAAUUCAAAAACAUGUUCAGCAAUGAUAAUUCCUCCAUAAUCAAACCAAAUUUUUUUGCCCUAUACUUAGGUUUUGGUUUACUUGUAGAAGGGGUUUACUUGAUGUAUUCAUAUGGGCUUGUAUAUCUUCCUCUUUCCACUUUUUCUCUAAUAUGCUCAACUGAAUUAGCCUUCAAUGCAUUAUUCUCUUUCUUCUUGAAUUCUCAAAGGUUUACAGCAUUAAUAUUCAAUUCUGUAUUCCUCCUUACCAUAUCAACUUCAUUGCUUGCCGUCGAUUCCAUUUCUGAAGACUCAACGGAUCUUCAUAGAGAAAAAUACAUACUUGGUUUCCUCUUCACUCUUUGUGCAUGUGCUGCAUUUGCAUUAUAUCUCGCCCUUGUGCAAUAUUCUUUUGAGAAAAUUAUAAAAAGAGAAACAUUUUCUGCAAUCUUGGACAUGCAAUUUUACCCAUCCUUCAUUGCUACUUGUGCUUGUGUUGUGGGAUUGUUUGCAAGUGGAGAAUGGAAAAUUUUGGAAAAGGAGAUGGAGGAAUUUGCAAAUGGAAAAAAGUCCUAUAUAAUCACUCUAGUGUGUUGUUCAGUGACAUGGCAAAUAUGUUACAUUGGAAUUUUAGGGUUAGUAUUUGAGGUAUCUUCACUAUUUGCAAAUAUAAUAGGUUCCUUGGUACUACCCUUGGUUUCAAUUCUUGCUGUUUUGUUCUUCCAUGACAAGAUUGAUGGGGUCAAAUCUAUAGCCUUGAUAAUAGCAAUAUGGGGAUUUUUUUCAUAUAUUUAUCAAAAUUAUUUAGACGACAAAAAAGCCAAGGAAGAUAAAGUUAUUCCCCUUGAGGUUUCAAGCGAUGUGAUAGAAAUUUGAUGAUGGACUGAAUCAAAUAUGGAUCACUUUCUUUUGUAUGUAUUUAUGUAUGAAAUGGAUUACCUAUAUAAAAAUACAAAGUUUUUUGAGUUUUAUAAAAACAAAUAUAUAAGAAAUUAUUGAAAUUAAAGUAUCAAAGAAUGUAUUUUUCAAUUUGUUA